UUUGCAGUAGAUGGCAGAAGAGUUUUUGUAUCUCUUUGCCUUCCGCAACAACCAUACAAAGAAGAAGAAGAGCGGAACUAUAGAGCUUUUUUGUUCUUCCCGGUUUACAAAGUCGACGGACAGGCGGCUUGCUUGAAAUAAUAAUGGCGUCAAAAAGAUCAAAAGUGCCAAACAGUUCGAAAAAUACCUCAACCGAGGAAAAAAGGGACAGUUCAAAAGGUACUGAUGCCAAUAAAGCCAACAACAGUGGAGCUGGGGAAAAAAAAGUUAAAUCAACUGGGACUGUUGUCAAAUCUCGAUAUCUACAGGCUGCGGAAAAGACUUCUCUUUCAAAGAGCAACUCGCUGUCAAAGGACUCCACUAUAGUGCCUUUACGACCUUCCUCUCCCAAACCUCCUGCUGUCAAACCAAAGGUUGGCACUCCACCAAGGCGCUCUAUGGCCCCACAAGCACUCGCAGAGUCAAUGAUGUCGCGUGAAAUUGAUCCAGCUGUUUUUGGGAAAAGUAUUUUGCAGUCCACCUUCUCAGAUGGUCACUGCUUUCGACCCGAUUUUGACAUUUCAGUCAUCAAAGAUAAAACUUUGCAAGAAAAUAGAUCAAAGCCUGAGAGAAAUCCUGACAUUGAGAAGAGGAAAGUUGAGAUGCAAACACUUCUCCUGGCCUUCCUCACUGCAAAGAUGGAAAGCAAUACCACAAAAUUUAAGACCUUGGCAGAGUCAAAGAUCUUACAAGUGAUGAAAGAAGAAGAUAUGCUGCGUAAUGAGUUGAAGGAAAAGAAGCAACGGUACCUUGUUGCGGAGAAGAAGAAGAUGCUGAAUGAUCUGUUGGAUUUACAGACUGAGACACUGGAACGGCUGGCGGCGGUUUCCCAGCAGUUUACGGUGGACUACAAGUGUUUUGCUGCCGCUGUGGACACCACUUGCCAUGAGCUGCCCGUGAAGAAUUUUUACCUAAACGGGAAAGGAAAGGAAUUUUUAGAUAAAGUUGAAGUUUGCCUGAAGGAAACAGAGAAGUUGUUGCAGGAGUGCACACAGGGAGACCAUGAGGCUAACAGCACAACUCUAGAGAGCCUACAGGAGAUGAAAACGACAACAAAGAAUAUCAGUCAGCAACUUACAGGAACAUUUUCAGAACUACGGAAACUGUCAUCAUUGGUUUGCCAUCACUCGGUCUUUGUCCAACAAGCCGCCGAGGAAGAGAAACUGGGCAGUUCAAAAAGUUGGGAGCACCUUUGCCCCAAAGAGUGAAAAAUAACUCACCACAUGAGAUACACAGUACAUGCACUUUGGAUUGGCCCAUCGUCUCUUUAAAAGUUCCCUCCUUCAUUUUAAAUGUUUUGUGCUAUUUGUCGUCUCUUUAUGUAUGAGCUGAUUCUUUUGUAGAUAUAUUGUGAAAAACUAUAAAUGUUUAGUAUUCGCUGAUUUAAUAAAUCUGGUUAUUAAACUGAAAUAAAUAACAGAACACAAACUGUUUCGAUGAGGAUCAGUGUGUUAUUUUGAAGUUGUA